AUGACGCAGGCGUCAAUAUUGGAGGGCAUAAAGCACGUGGCUAUACUCAAUGAGCCAAUUGAAGUGGAAGAGGGUAAAUCAAGUAGAUUGAAUGACAAACAAGUAGUUUUAUUGAGUGAACCAUUGAAUGAAACUGCAAACCUAGUUGAACAACAAACCGUUGAAUCAGAAGAAGGACGUGCACUCAUUGACACCGCAUUUGGAGGUAUACUCAACCAAGGCGCAGAAAAUGAUAAGAGCGAAGAUACCACAAACGAAGACCCGAACGCGAAUAUCGUGUCAGAUACGACUGAUAACGCGAUAGAUGAGCAAUUGAAGUCACUCUCAGUGAGUUCCUCAUUGGACGCGAUAUCUGAGACAAACACACCUUUCAAAGCUCGUAAAGCUCCUUCAACCAAUCGUCGUCCUAGUAUUCAACCACAAUUGAGUAGAGCUGCAAUGUUACGUAUGGGUAUCACACCACCACCAAAGCGUACGACAUCACGUGAGAGUUUGAGCAGCACAUCCAAGGAGAACGAAGAACGUCGUAAUAUACCCACACCGAAGUCUUUAUCAACACCUAAGUUUGAAGUACGUCAGACACGGGCUUCACACCUUCGUCGCGGUUCAGAAACCGAAACAUCAACACCUCAAAGAAGGCGCACGAGUAGUACACCUGUUGACUUUGGUAAUACACCUGGGCAUAAACGUCAGUCUUUAGCGUUAGAUGUGAAGAGUGUAAAGGCACCAUCAAUUACACCUCGACAAACACGUGCGAGUAGAUUAAGAACUGGCAGUGAGAGCCAAGAAAGUAACGAGAAGGUACCUACUAGACGCCCCUCGGUAGAUACAUUUGCAAACACACCAGGACACAAGCGCACACUAUCCAUACCAGUCAAAUCGAUCAAUAGCCCAUCUAUAGCUGCAAGGGAGAACAGAAGCUCAACUCUAAGAUCAAAGCGUAUGUCUAUUGAUUUGAGCAAAAGUGAAACCCCAAAAAGAGCAUUCAAUUUGUCUACCAAGGUUGGUAACGAAAAGUUUGUCGAAUUUGAUAAGACAAAAGUUAAGCCUAUUAGAAGGGGCUAA